UAUUCAGUUUGUGUUAGUAUAAAUGUUGCUGAAAGAUAGAUCAGAGAAAUUCUGCAAACACACACUACUGAGACAGAAGCUGUUCAGUCAACUGGGUACCUACACAGUCCUCUUCAGACACCAAACUCAGGAUGCCGUACAUCACAGAUAUUGAUGUUUCCAUUAAUCCUGAACAGGAGCAAUGCCUAAGAAACCAAAGUUUCAAAAUAAUCAAUGUUAAUCUGAACAAAGGUGCUGGAGGAAAUAAUAUUUACCUCUGGUACAAGAAGGGAAGCAGCAAUCCCAUCACCAGAUUGCAGGUUACAUUCACAGAUGAAAUGCAAAUUGGUUUGAGGAACGCAGGUUACCAUAAGGUGGAUAAAGACCUCAAUGCAGGGGCUGGAGGAGAUAACAUCUUUCUCUGGUGCUACAAAGGUACAACUGAGUAUGACAACCCUAUAGUGGAACUUAAGGUCACCACAGAUGCAACAGAUGAAGCCCAAAUUUACCAGAAAGGCUGGGAACGACUGGCGUGUGACCUGAAUCGCAAUGCUAACGACAACUGGAUCCAUGUUUGGGUGAAGAAAGAGAAGAAAAUGUACAUCUCUGACAUCAAGGCAACUACCUCUUUUGCAUUUGAUAACGAGUAUUUUUCCCAGGGCUACACCCGUGUGGAUGAAAAUGUGAAUCGAGAUGCAGGAGAACGCUCUAUCUUUCUUUGGUAUCGUCAUUCUCUAACACAGUCCCAAACCAUCAAUCUCCUGGAUGUCUCCACUAACAAUGAGGAAGAGGAAAGCCUUCAGAUACAGGGUUAUACCUGUGUUGGUGUUAAUCUCAAUGAAGGAACAGGAGGCCCCCCGAUAAAUGCCUGGUACAAGAAGGGUUCAGACCAUGCCAUCCAGACCAUCACUGUAAUCAUUCAACAAGAAGUGAGUCCUUAUGAAAAGGCUGGCAUCCAUGUCAUUGGAAAAAAUCUGAAUACAGACAACAAUGGCACCCCCUUGUACCUGGCAUACCAAUGAGAUCAGGGGUUUCAUUUUCUGUAUGCCAGGUGAUCAGUAUACCUGUCAAAUUAGCGUAGCAAUACAUAGCUUAGUACAAGAUAGCACAACAACACAAAUACCAUGUAACAUGUUAAAGCAAACCUGUGGAUCAAGUCAGUUUAACACAGUCUUCAUGCAUUUCUUGCAUUUAAUCUUCUAAACAGAUUGUAUUUGAGAUAUCUAUAUUGUUGUUGUUGUUACUGCUUAUGCCUUUUGUGAUAUGGGUCAACAUGAAUUACUUUGCUAACAAAUAAAAAAAAGUUCCAUAUCAAUAA